GCCAGGAUGAAGACACAGCCAAGGGGUGAGUGAAUGAGCAUUCGCUUGUGAUUCUUGAUGGGCCGUGACGCCGAGAAGCAGCAGCAGCUCAUAAUGGCGAGUGAGCGCACGCCGCUCAUUCAGAGCGUGCCCGUAGCGGAGCAGAGGGACCGCUACCCUCAUUCGACGGUCCGCCGCACAUGCACCAUCAUCGCCACCUCCAUCAUCCUCACGGCGGCAACCAUCUUUCUGGGCAUUGCUCUGACGGGCCACACGGACCUCCUCCGGGGAAAGCCUCGAGCGGCGCCCGGUGAGCUGUUCGCCAUCGAAGGGUUGCCACAUAACGCCUGGCCCGAGUCGCACGGUAUCAGCUAUGACCAGCUGAAGAAGACGCUGUUGGACACGCCCGAUGCGAAAAAGGCGCGAGAAUGGAGCCAGUACUACACGGCAGGACCGCAUCUGGCUGGCAAAAACGAGAGUCAGGCACAGUGGACGAAGGACUUGUGGAAAGAGUUCGGUGUCGACCACGCUGAAGUCGUGUCAUAUGAUGUCUACAUCAACUACCCGCUGGACCACAGACUGGCUCUGCUCAAGGACGGCGAGGUCGAGUUCGAGGCCACUCUGGAAGAAGAUGUGCUCGAAGAAGAUCCCUCCACGAACCUCACGGAUCGUGUGCCCGUCUUUCACGGCUACUCUGCGGACGGCGAUGUGACUGGGCAGUUCGUGUACGCCAACUAUGGCACGAUACAAGACUAUGAGGAAUUGGUCAAUGCAGGCAUCGACUUGAAGGGCAAGAUUGUCAUUGCGAGGUACGGAGCCAACUUCAGAGGUCUGAAAGUCGCUCGUGCCUCUGAACUGGGCGCCGUCGGUGUGUUGAUGUAUAGCGAUCCUGGGGACGACGGCGGCAUCACCGAGGAGAAUGGCUACAAGGCCUACCCGGAAGGGCCAGCCCGAAAUCCGAGCUCGGUGCAACGAGGGAGUGUGGAAUACCUCUCCUUUGCCCCUGGAGACCCAACCACCAUCGGCUAUCCUUCCAAGCCGGGAGUCCCUCGCCAGUCUGUAGAAGGCAAGAUUCCCGACAUUCCUUCACUCCCCAUUUCAUACCAGGAGGUGCUCCCCAUUUUGAAGGCACUCAACGGGCAUGGUCCGAACGCCUCCUCAUUCUCCGACAAUUGGAACGGCGGCGGUCUGGGCUACAAGGGCGUGAACUACAACGUCGGCCCUUCGCCCGAGUCGCUGACCAUCAACUUGAUGAACAAGCAGGACUAUGUCACGACUCCCUUGUGGAAUGCGAUUGGAGUCAUCAAUGGUACCAUCUCGGACGAAGUGAUCGUGAUUGGCAACCACAGAGACGCUUGGAUCGCUGGCGGUGCUGGAGAUCCCAAUUCUGGCUCUGCUGCCUUGAAUGAGGUCGUCCGAUCGUUUGGCAAGGCUCUGGAAUCGGGAUGGAAGCCGCACCGAACCAUCGUUUUCGCAUCGUGGGAUGGAGAAGAGUAUGGCUUGAUCGGGUCCACAGAAUGGGUGGAGGAAUACCUCCCGUGGCUGUCGGCCAGUACCAUCGCAUACAUCAACGUCGACGUCGGAGCUCGUGGAAAGCACUUCACCACUUCCGCCGCACCGGUGCUGAACAAGGCCAUCUACGACGUGACCGGACAAGUCCUCUCUCCCAACCAGACCACCAAAGGCACCACCGUCCGCGACACCUGGAGCGGCCACAUCUCCACCAUGGGCUCCGGCAGUGACUUCACCGCCUUCCAAGACUUUGCAGGUAUCUCCUCCAUCGACGUGGGCUUUGGUGCCGGUCCCAACGACCCGGUCUACCACUAUCACAGCAACUACGACAGUUUCUACUGGAUGGACACAUACGGUGACCCUGGUUUUAAAUACCACAUCACCAUCGCAAAGAUUAUCAAUCUACUCGCCGCCAAGCUGGUAGAAGAACCCAUUGUGCAAUUCAACGCUACCGACUACGCUGUUGGUCUCAAAAAGUACCUCGAAAGCGUCAAGUCCAUGGCAAAAGAACAUCAGUGGGAUCUUCUCCAACUCGCCGACCCCUUCAAAAAGCUCGACAAAGCCGUAGCCGAUUUCCAGGAUGCAUCCAUCGCAUUCGAUGCUUCAGCCAACAAACUCGAACAGCACCUCGCUUCCUCCACCACCUUAUCCGAGUCACGCAAGAAAGCGCUCUACGAUGCCGUCAAGACGACGAACAGAAAGUACAAAUUCCUCGAACGACAAUUCCUAUAUGCGGGUGGCUUGGACAAGCGAGAUUGGUUCAAACAUGUCGUUUUCGCUCCGGGCAGAUGGACCGGGUAUGCGGGUGCGACUUUCCCCGGCCUGGUCGAGAGUAUUGAGGACCACGAUGAGGCGAAUGUGAGAAAGUGGGCGGGCAUUAUUACGGGGAGAAUUUAUGCUGCUGCGGGCUUGUUGCUUGAUAAGUGAAUUUCAGAACUCUCCUACACGUGAGACAAGUACAGCCGAACACUAAAGGGUACGCGUGAAUGCCGAAAUAGAUGGAAAUGAUGCAUGUAUCAUGUAGUUAUGAUUAAACAUCACGAUACUUAAGUUACCUUA